AUGUUAGGAGGACUCUUCUCUUUCCACACCAACUGGAAAGAAAGAGAGAACACCUACAUGGAAAAGCCCCUGCGGCUGCAAUGCACUAGCUUGAAUUUCAGAGAGUUCCAGUUGGCCCAGGCUAUGCUUUUUGCCAUCGAGGAGAUCAACAACAGCUCAGACCUGCUGCCAGGCAUCUCGCUGGGCUAUAAAAUAUACGACACUUGUGGAUCCAUUGCUAGAAGCGUGAGAGUUGCACUGUCCUUGGUUAACAGUAAUGAAAUGGUGGCUUCGCCUGCAGAAGAAUGCACAAGACCUGCGCAGGUGCAGGCCAUAAUGGGGGAAACGUCUUCUUCUCCUUGCACGGCGAUAGCAACCGUCAUGGGUCCAUUUCAUAUCCCACUGAUCAGCCACUUUGCCACGUGUGCUUGUCUCAGCGAUAAAAUCAAGUACCCAUCAUUUCUCAGAACAAUACCCAGCGACUAUUAUCAGAGCAGAGCCCUUGCGCACCUGGUGAAGCACUUUGGUUGGACUUGGGUCGGAGCCGUGAGGUCAAAUGAAGAUUAUGGAAACAAUGGAAUGGCCACGUUCAUUGAAACUGCGCAGCAUCUGGGCAUCUGUGUGGAAUAUUCCGUCUCGUUCUUUAGAACGGAUCCAUCGGACAAAAUACAAAAAAUAAUAGACAUUAUCAAAGCUUCUACUUCAAAAGUGAUUGUCACUUUCCUCUCCCACAUGGAUUUGGAUGUACUGCUACACGAGCUGUCGGGCCACAACUUGACCGGCUACCAGUGGGUGGGGACCGAGGCUUGGAUCUUUGAUUCUCAAACCGCCGAAGGUGACAUCAACCAUAUUUUAGACGGAGCGAUAGGCCUUUCCAUUCCCCAGGCACACGUGACGGGACUGAGAGAGUUCAUGCUCGACGUGAGGCCUCUGAAUUCGUCAAACGCAGACUUGUUUUCUGAGUUCUGGGAGGCCUUGUUCAGCUGCAAGUUCAGAUUAUCAAAAUCAACAGAGAUCCAGAGAGAAUGCACUGGAGAGGAAGACAUAAACGGAGUGGAAAACAGCUUCACUGACAUGUCCCUCAUGCCUAUUUUUAACAACGUCUAUAAGGGAGUGUAUGCCGUGGCUCACGCUCUGCACAACAUCUUGGGCUGUAACAAAACGUGCGACAAAAAUAAGCAGCUAGAUCCGUUCACGAUUUUACAGCACAUACAAAGAAGUAAUUUCACUACAAAGGAAGGGGAUCGGGUUUUCUUUAACAAGAACGGAGACCCUGCUGCAAAGUAUGAAAUUAUAAACUGGCAGCCGGGAGAAAAUGGCCUUGUGAACUUUGUCACGGUUGGUCUUUAUGACGCAACGUUGCCGGCCAACAAACAAAUGAAUCUGCAAAAUAAGUCCAUCAUUUGGACACAAAAUUCACCUGAGGUCCCCGUGUCGGUUUGCAGUGAGACGUGUCCCCCAGGAACACGUAAGGUCCUCCAGAAAGGAAAGCCUGUGUGCUGCUACGACUGCAUGAGUUGUGCAGAAGGAGAAAUGAGCAACAGCACAGAUGCUGUGACCUGUGUGAGAUGCCCCCCUGAAUCCUGGUCAAAUGACAGAAGAGAUGUCUGUAUAAAGAAAGAGGCUGAAUUUCUGUCUUACGAUGAAAUUAUGGGAAUAUUGCUCACAGCCGCCUCCUUAUUUGGAACAUGCAUAACUUCUUUCGUAGCGUUUAUUUUCUACAGACACAGGAAAACUCCUCUUGUGAGGGCCAACAACUCUGAGCUGAGCUUCCUGCUGCUCUUCUCCUUGACCCUGUGUUUCCUCUGCUCUCUGACCUUUAUCGGUCGGCCCUCUGAGUGGUCCUGCAUGCUGCGGCACACAGCGUUCGGCAUCACCUUUGUGCUCUGCAUCUCCUGUGUCCUGGGGAAAACGAUGGUGGUCUUAAUGGCGUUCAAAGCCACACUUCCUGGCAGAAAUGUGAUGAAGUGGUUUGGGCCUACGCAGCAGAGGCUCAGUGUUAUGAGUUUCACUCUGGUGCAGGUGAUCAUCUGCAUCCUCUGGUUAACCAUUUCCCCUCCUUUUCCGUCCAAGAACAUUAAAGCGUAUAAGGAUAAAAUCAUCUUGGAGUGUGCUCUGGGGUCAGCUGUGGGAUUCUGGGCUGUGCUUGGGUACAUAGGACUUCUCGCCAUGUUGUGUUUCAUUUGUGCGUUUCUGGCUCGUAAACUGCCUGAUAAUUUCAACGAAGCCAAAUUCAUCACCUUCAGCAUGUUGAUAUUCUGCGCUGUGUGGAUCACUUUCAUCCCAGCGUACGUCAGCUCGCCUGGGAAGUUCAGUGUGGCUGUAGAAAUCUUUGCUAUCCUCGCCUCGACCUUUGGAUUGCUGAUUUGUAUUUUUAUUCCAAAAUGCUACGUGAUGCUACUGAAACCAGACAGAAAUACUAAAAAACAUAUUAUGGGGAAAGGAGUGCCGUUCUGCAGGCCGGUAGGGGACCUGGAGACCCCUCAGCUGUCUAAGGAUGGGGACAUUAUCUUGGGUGGAAUCUUUUCUUUUCACAGCAGCUGGAAGAACAGAGAAAACACUUACACACAAAAGCCACUGCCACUGGAAUGCAUCAGCUUGAAUUUCAGAGAGUUCCAGUUUGCUCAGUCCAUGCUUUUUGCCAUCGAGGAGAUAAAUAACAGCACGGACCUGCUGCCGGGCAUAUCACUCGGUUAUGACAUCUACGACACUUGCGGCUCCAUCGCCAGAAGUGUAAAAGUCGCACUUGCCUUGACAAAUGAUGACAGCAAUGUGUCUACAACCUCUGAGGGUCCAUGUAUGAAAGCAGCACAGGUGCAGGCCAUCAUGGGAGAAACAUCCUCCUCUCCAAGCACAGCGAUAGCCACCGUCAUCGGACCAUUUAAUAUCCCACUGAUCAGCCACUUUGCCACGUGUGCUUGUCUCAGUGAUAAAACCAAGUAUCCAUCUUUUCUAAGAACAAUACCCAGUGACUACUAUCAGAGCAGAGCUCUGGCUCAUCUGGUCAAGCAUUUUGGCUGGACUUGGGUCGGAGCCGUCAGAACCAACGACGACUACGGCAACAACGGCAUGGCGACGUUCACAGAAACUGCAGAGCAGCUGGGCGUCUGCCUGGAAUAUUCUGUCUCUUUCUUCAGAACGGAUCCUUUAGAGAAAAUCCAAAAGAUCAUUGAAAUUAUGAAGUCUUCCACCUCAAAGGUUAUUGUCGCUUUCCUUUCCCACAUGGACAUGGACGUGCUUAUGCACGAGCUGUCGCCUCACAAUUUGACCGGGCAUCAGUGGAUCGGCAGUGAGUCCUGGAUCUUUGACUCUCAAAUUGCAGCAAUGGAUAAGAAUCACAUUCUGGACGGAGCGAUCGGCCUUUCCGUUCCUAAAGCGCGAGUCGGUGGACUCAGAGAGUUCAUGUUUAAUGUUGAGGCCCUGAAUUCGUCCAAUAGUGAGUUAUUUACUGAGUUCUGGGAGGCGUUGUUCAGCUGUAAGUUCAAGGAGUCAGAGUCAGCUGAAUUUCAAAGCAAAUGUACAGGACGUGAGGAUCUGACAGAAGUGGAAAACAGCUUCACUGACAUGUCCCUCAUGCCCAUUUUUAACAAUGUGUAUAAGGGCGUGUAUGCAGUGGCUCACGCUCUGCAUGAUAUUCUCAGCUGCAAUAAAACAUGCAACGACAACGUGCGGCUAGACCCGACGACGAUUUUACAGCACCUAAAGAAAAUUCAUUUUAAAACAAAGGAAGGUGAUGAGGUGUAUUUUAAUGAGAAUGGAGAUCCAACAGGAACUUAUGAAAUAAUAAACUGGCAACCAGGAGAAAACGGCAUGGUGGAUUUUGUGACUGUUGGUCUGUAUGAUGCAUCGUUGCCUGCAGACAAAAAGCUCAAUUUGACAAACAGCGCUUUAAUUUGGACACAGAACUCUCUGGAGGUUCCUGUGUCAGUUUGCAGUGAAACGUGUCCACCGGGAACACGCAAAGUCCUGCAGAAAGGAAAACCUGUUUGCUGCCACGACUGUGUCAAGUGUGCAGAAGGAGAAAUAAGCAACACCACAGUCACCUGUGUGAGAUGCCCCCUUGAAACCUGGUCAAACGAGGCAAGAGAUGCCUGUGUAAAGAAAGAGGCCGUGUUUCUGUCGUAUGGGGAGAUUAUGGGAGCGCUGCUCACUGCAGCGUCUCUGUUUGGAACGUGCUUGACUGCCAUUGUUACAGUCAUCUUCUUCAGAUACAGAAAAACUCCUCUUGUGAGGGCCAACAACUCUGAGCUGAGCUUCCUGCUGCUCUUCUCCCUGACUCUGUGCUUCCUCUGCUCUCUGACCUUUAUCGGCGAACCCUCUGAGUGGUCCUGCAUGCUGCGGCACACAGCCUUCGGCAUCACCUUUGUGCUCUGCCUCUCUUGUGUCCUGGGGAAAACCAUAGUGGUUCUAAUGGCGUUCAAAGCCACGCUGCCAGGAAAAAAUGUGAUGAAGUGGUUCGGACCGACACAGCAGAGACUCAGCGUUCUCACUUUCACUGUUGUGCAAGUGAUCAUCUGUAUCCUCUGGUUGACGAUUUCACCUCCUUUCCCAUUUAGGAAUUUCAACGAAAUCAAAGACAAAAUCAUCUUGGAGUGUUCUCUGGGGUCGGCUGUGGGCUUCUGGUCGGUGCUCGGGUACAUAGGACUCCUCGCUGUGUUGUGCUUCACUUUGGCUUUUCUGGCUCGGAAACUUCCUGACAAUUUCAACGAAGCUAAGUUCAUCACGUUCAGCAUGCUGAUCUUCUGCGCCGUGUGGAUCACUUUCAUCCCAGCGUACGUCAGCUCGCCUGGGAAGUUAAGUGUUGCAGUGGAGAUUUUUGCCAUUUUAGCCUCUACUUUUGGUUUGCUGUUUUGUAUCUUCAUCCCUAAAUGUUAUGUAAUGCUGCUAAAACCGGAAAAAAACACGAAAAAGAACAUGAUGGGGAAGGGGCAAUCAAAGUUAUUCUGA